AUGCUUAUCGCUAAUGCAUUAUUGCUAGUUGCUGGUGGUGCCGCUCAAGUUUAUGCAGCAACAAGCACUUUAGCUCCUCAAUUCUCCCCUGUCUUUCCUUCAAUGCCCAAGGCAACCGGUGUUGUAACUUCUUACAAUCCUGGACCUUACGAUACUACUACCAAAUUAUCAACUGCUAGAUUGUCUGGUUAUCCUGAACCAUGGGCUUCACCUCCUACCUCGUCUGCUGAAGUCAAGAAGGUUUACAACAUGAUUGAUUGGUCCAAGGUGCCUAAUGCUCCUGUUAGAAAGCAAGAUUCUAAUGGUAAUUGGGUCAAUGACUCUGACGAAAAUGACAAAUAUUGUUGGUGGUCCUCAACGAAUUGUGUAAAGCCUGUGGCUUCCUACUUGCCUGAGGAUAUUUACACUUGUCCCAACAAUGGCGAUUGGGGUUUGAACUAUGACGAUGGUCCAUUCAACAGAUACGAUGAUGAUGAAGAUGAAGCUGCUCUCGAAAAUAAGUACGCUGAGCCUGCUCUUUACAACUUUUUGGCCAAAACCAACAACCAAAAGGCCUCACUCUUUUACAUUGGUUCCAAUGUUGUCAACUAUCCUGCUGCUGCUAAGCGUGGUUUGAACGAUGGUCAUCAUCUCUGUGUCCACACCUGGUCUCAUCCUGCCAUGACAACUCAGACUAAUGCUCAAAUUGUUGCCGAGCUUUACUGGACUCUCAAGGCCAUCAAAGAGGCAACUGGUGUUACUUCUAGAUGCUGGAGACCUCCUCAAGGCGAUGUUGACGAUCGUGUCCGCGCAAUUGCCCAUCAAAUGGGUUUGAGAACUAUACUGUGGGAUCACGACACGAAUGAUUGGGACAUGCCAGCUCCUGGUGGCGGAUCACUCAGCCCUUCCAAAGUCGAUGGAUAUUUUAAAACCUGGUUGAACAAUUAUAAAUCAGGAAAGGACAAGAAGGGCCAUAUUGUUCUUGAGCACGAACUCAACAGCGCUACUGUCAACAUGUCCAUGUUCUGGAUGCCCAAGCUCCAAGAGACCUUCAAUGUCAUUCCUGCUCUUGCCUGUAAUGGUAUCCAAAAUCCCUAUUGGGAAGAAGGCUGGGUUUACCCCACUGCCAAUGUUGCUCAACCUACUAACACUGCCACACCUACCGGUACAAAGACUACUGCUACUUCUACAGCUACUACUACACCCGGCACCUGUACCUCAGGUUCCUAUGGAUUAGGAAAGGGUGACGGAUAUAAUGGCGCAUGUUGUCAAGAUCAAAGCGACUGCCUGGACGAUUGCUUGAGUGGUAAGUGUAAUGGCCCUGUCAACACCGAGACCACCAAGACCUCUGCCACUGCUACAGCUACUCCUACAUCUGGCACCUGUACCUCAGGUUCCUAUGGAUUAGGAAAGGGCGACGGAUACAAUGGCGCAUGCUGUCACGAUCAAAGCGAUUGCCUGGACGAUUGCUUGAGUGGUAAGUGUAAUGGCCCUGUCAACACCAAGACCACCAAAACCACCAAAACCUCUACCAAAGCCUCUACCAAAACCUCUACCAAAACCUCUUCAAAAUCACCCACUGCUUCUGCCAGCUGCACACCCGGUUCAAGAGGCAAGAGAAAGGGAGACGGAAAAACCGGAUACUGUUGUUCUUCUAGCGAUGAUUGCUUAGAGACCUGUCGCUCAGGUACAUGCGGUCUUUAG